GAGGGUUGCUGUCACUCAGCCCCCUGGGCCAAUAGGAAAGGGGUGAGCCCCGCCUUCUUCCUUGUGCUGUGCUGUGGGCAUGCGCAUUGGGCGUCCCCACGCCGCCGCCCAUCAGCUGAUAAUUUCUACAGGAGUCUCCGGGGUAGGUGGGUGACGGUGGCUAGAGGUGUAGGAGGGAGCCGCGGAGUUCCAGGUGUCUGCUUCAAAAACUGCACAGCCUGCCAACAUCUGAUGAAAUUAGCGAAUAAGCACCUCAGCCAUGUCUUACACUCCAGGAGUUGGUGGUGACCCCGCCCAGCUGGCCCAGAGGAUCUCUUCCAACAUCCAGAAGAUCACACAAUGUUCUGUGGAAAUACAAAGAACUCUGAAUCAACUUGGAACACCUCAAGAUUCACCUGAAUUGAGGCAACAGCUGCAGCAGAAGCAGCAAUAUACUAACCAGCUUGCCAAAGAAACGGACAAGUACAUUAAAGAGUUUGGAUCUCUGCCCACCACCCCUAGUGAACAGCGUCAAAGGAAAAUACAGAAAGAUCGCUUAGUGGCAGAGUUCACAACAUCACUGACAAACUUCCAGAAGGUCCAGAGGCAGGCUGCUGAGCGAGAGAAAGAGUUUGUUGCUCGAGUCAGAGCCAGUUCCAGAGUGUCUGGAGGUUUUCCUGAGGACAGCUCAAAAGAAAGGAAUCUUGUAUCCUGGGAAAGCCAAACUCAACCUCAAGUGCAGUUGCAGGAUGAAGAAAUUACAGAGGAUGACCUCCGCCUUAUUCAUGAAAGAGAGUCUUCUAUCAGGCAACUUGAAGCUGAUAUUAUGGAUAUUAAUGAAAUAUUUAAAGAUUUGGGAAUGAUGAUUCAUGAACAAGGAGAUGUAAUAGAUAGCAUAGAAGCCAAUGUAGAAAAUGCAGAGGUGCACGUUCAGCAGGCAAAUCAACAACUGUCAAGGGCAGCAGAUUAUCAGCGCAAAUCCAGAAAAACCCUGUGCAUCAUCAUUCUUAUCCUGGUCAUUGGAGUCGUGAUUAUUGGUUUCAUCAUAUGGGGGUUGAGCCGCUGAAGUUAUAAAGGAGCACACUCUUGCACUACAUUGUCUAAAUUAUGUAGGAAGAUUCCUGUAAUCAUGGUUGUUGUUUUUUUUAAUUAUUAUUUUAAAGCUAUUGUAUAAAGGAUGGUUCCCAUUCUUUGUUAUUUUUAUUGGGGGGUUGGGGUGGUUUCUUUGCAUUAAAUCUGAUAUUUUCUAAUACUGAAAGAUUUUCUAUCACUGCUGACAUAACUUCCAUGCUCUUCAAUUUAAUAAUUGUUAAGUUUUUGCCCACAUUGUAUAUGCCUUUCACAUAUAAUUUAUUUACCCUGCUUGACUUAGUUUUGGGAAUUCGUAAAUUUAAAGGUCUGUGGAUUCUGUCUGCAUCUCCCUGUCAAUGUGACACACCCAGAUUUGUGUUACUUCAAUUAAAAAUCUCUUUUCAUUUGCUUCAGCAGGGAAAAUAUUCUCAGUAACUUAAAAUAAGGUCUAUUCAUUGGUUGUUGUUUUUUCUGGUUCACAACAGCACAAAGUAUUUAAUUUUUGUUGUUGGUUUUCUUUUAAGAUCCUUUUUACUCUGAAGUCGGUGAAUACUUUUCUAGUUUAUUUUAUACUGCUGUAUAUAUAUUGUUAAGCUUUUGCUGUAGAUUGUCUAGUAAAAAUACUAAGGAUAGGUUGUUGUUACAUAUGGUCUAUUUAAGUCUGAUGUUUACUGGGGAAAGUGUAGUUACUAUAAGUGUUUAACGUAAUUUAGAAGACAAGUAUGACAAACCAAUACCUAUUGUGUUUGGAUUCUAAAGAUCCCAGCUUGUUAUUCCACCAAACUAGUUAUCUUAACCACAUCAUCUGGUUUUGUGGGCCAUUAUUUACCUUCCCUUAUGUCUUGUAGAAUAAUGGUUACAACUUUUGGGUCAGAAUUGCUUUUGGAAAGUAACUUUCCCACAAUUAACUGUUUUUGAGCACCUGACACUUGAAAUUGAGUGUUUACCUUUUGUGCUGUUUUGUAUCAUCCUGCAUUAGAAAAGCAAUUGGUUGUCUGCCAAUUAUCUCACUUGCCUUUUUAAAUCAGUGUUUCAAUGCACUAAUCUGAAUACUGUAAAGAGGAUUAACUUAGUUUAUAUUUUGUAUUUUAUAAUGUUUUUGUACAGCAGUUCAGUAUUGAAGGCAGUGUUUAACUUGGCAAGCUCUGAGACUUCAAAUGGAAACAAAUAGUAAGUAGCUAAGUAAACCAUAUCUUUGCAACCAAAAUAAAGAUGAGUUAUAAAGUAUCUGGUUAGGCCUGUUUCAUGAGGACUGUGCCCUGGUGGGACCACAGUGGUCACCUGAUACUUGGUGCUUGUGCUGCCUGAAACCUCAGCACUGGAGACACCACCACAUGCGCUGUGGCCAUUCAAUGUCUUUCUGGAGCACAGUUCACUCCAGGUUUUUAUUUUAGGGUGUCACCGAUGAUACCUACUUUGUCAGACUGGUAGAAGUUGCUUUGCAUGUCAGAAAAACUCCAUUUUAUUUAUUUAUUUAUUUUUUCCCCACAAAAGAGACUACAGAAAACUUUAUUGUGAAUGAGUGAUUGGAACUUGGAGACUCCUGUGGCCAGAAUCAGACGGCUCUAGAACAGAAUGGACAAUGCAGGGAGGAGAAUUCACACAAAAGGACCAGUUCUGAGGUCAAUGGCCACCCACCAGGCCUGCUCGGAUGUGGCCUUUACCCCAAGUGCACAGAGGCACAUGAGGUUUCUGGUGAUAAACUCGCCUCUUGCUGCUGUUGUAAAGUCCCAUCCCCAUGGCUUCCACAGUCAGUUCAGUUUUUUUGCUAUACUUGAUAAAUUUACUUCUAUUCAUUUCGCAUUGAGUAUUCAGUAACAACAAAAGCACUUAAAAAUUUAGGGGGCAUGAUUUUAGUACCUUUAUUUGAAGUGUAAUUAUAAAUUAUUAUUUUAACUAGCGCACUUAUCAGUGGUUUGAGCAGGAAUGUUAGUGGUUUCAGUUCUUUUAAGAAACAUUAAUUUUGAGGGAAAAACUUUCGGUAAAAUAUUUGGAACAUAAGAGUAGUCUUGAUUAGAAAAAAUUAAAUAAAAAACAUAGUAUGGUAGCCAAAUUAAAAAGUAUAUGUAUAUUGAAAUUUUUCUGUAGGUCAGUUUUAGAAUUGCUGUGAAAAGUGAAGGUUGCCCUGUGGAGAAUAAAAUUAGAGUUGUUUUCGUAACUGACAGCAUGGUGAAUCCAUUUGAGUCAAAAUGAAGAAUUUCCUCAUCAAGUGACUAUACAUUUGUUUUUGUGUGCUCAAAAGACAUAUUCAAAUACAGAUUGACAUUAACCAGCCAGGUAAAUUGAAUGACAAUAUGGCAUUAAGUAUUUGGCUGUGGUAUUGGUCAUUAAAUAGUAUGGUCUUGCAAUAUGAUUGAUGGUAAAAGAGUGAUGUCAUAUUGAUAUAGAGUAGCUUGUUUUUUAGUAGGCAUGGGACCAUCUCUUUUAAAAGUACAGAUAUGGGCACAGAUGAAGCUGAGUCUAGGACAGCCAUGGAUGCAGUGUCUGGAGUUGGACCCUCUGAGCACACUGGCUGCCCCAGUAGCAUCUGCAUCGGUGACCAAGGACACUGCACUUUGAGGAGGUCGCCACGAGUUGUUUGGUGUCUUCACUGCUUCUGUUAAAAAUUGUAAAAUUUUGUACACAGAAAAGUUGUGGUUUUGAAUAUCAAUUUUGUAGAUAAACCUACAAUGAUAAAUAAGUGCCUUUAAAGGCCCCUCUUUCCAUGACAUACAUCUGUGAUUUAGCGAGGAAAGUAGAAAAUAGUUUAUGUGGUUGGUAUAAUUUUCAUUUCUGUCUUCAUGUAGAAAAAUGAAUGUUAUAAUAAAACAUAAAACUUAUAUAAAGAAAAUAAAGUCAUCGUCCACCUU